AUGGAAAUAGCGUCUUUGUCAUUGGGCCACGGAGCCCUUUCCUCUGCCGUCCGCAUCGGCCCCAGUAGCAGGCACUCUGUCACUCUGCGUAUUCUCCACGCACCACUCCAAUCGCACGUCGUUGGAUAUAGUGCCUACAUGUAUGCGGUUUCUCGAGUUGUCGACAAAUGGUUACACUCACAGAUGCCCGUUAUCGGCCUCGCUGCAUUCCUCAUUCCUCGUUCCAGCUUCUCGCAGUUGUUGUCUCCCCCCCGGCCGCAUUGGCAAGAGGCUCUCGGCUCGGCUUGUCAUCUGCCCCCCUUCCCCCAGACUACAACCCGCGGCAACACCAAGCAACCGCGUCCUGUUCCAUAUUCCAUUACGAGAUUCUUACCCCAGAGAAAAGCAUCAAAGAAACCACCGGUGACCGAGCGCACUGCUUUUUCCUACGUCCGCGCCACCCCUCCCCUCUCUCUCUCCCCCGGGGCCAUAGUUUGGUUCCAGGUCAAGAACCCGUCAUGCCCGUCUCGUCUGCUUUGUCUUUCGUGCUUGUACCAGCCCGGCAGGCCUACUACCUAUGUACUUCCUACUCGUAUCGUCCGCCUCCGGCCAUGUUUGGACCCGGUCCAUGUUGCCGCCGCCGCCGCCGCUUUCCCACGACCACCUGGUUUCCUGUCAAGGAUGGCCGGGCUUGCUGCCAGGGAGGGUAUAACUACCCAAGACCCCGCGAUUUGCCCCUCGUUCCCGUCCUCUUCCUUUGACGUUCUCCUCCUCUCAACUCUCCAUCUUCUUGCCCACGAACCAUACUUGAACGGCCACUUCCAAUUGAUCCUUUUUUCGAAUACCCAUACCACUCAUCUCAUCCACACUGCUCUCUCUCUCUCUCUCACCAAGUCCAUCCAACGUAAAUCAGGCAACAUGGCCCCCCACGCAAACGGCGGCACCCCUCAGUCCAAUGGCGGAGUGGAGUCGAGAUACCACGCCUCUUCCACCCAGGCCGCAAUCAAGUCCGAGGAGGAGCUCGCCGCCCACAACUACCACCCGCUACCCGUCGUCUUCUCCAAGGCCAGCGGCGUCCACGUCUGGGAUCCCGAGGGCAAGCAGUACCUCGAUUUCCUCUCCGCCUACAGCGCCGUCAACCAAGGCCACUGCCACCCCGAGCUGGUCAAGGCCCUGACCGAGCAGGCCAGCAGACUGACUCUCAGCUCGAGAGCCUUCUACAACGAUGUCUUCCCCAAGUGGGCCGAGAAGAUCCAGCAGGUCUUUGGCUACGACAUGGUUUUGCCCAUGAACACGGGCGCCGAGGCCGUCGAGACCGCAAUCAAGAUUGCGCGCAAGUGGGCGUACAAGGUCAAGGGCGUUGAGCAGGGCAAGGCUCUGGUCUUCUCCGUCAACGACAAUUUCCACGGCCGAACAAUGACUGCCAUCUCUCUGUCAGUCGACCCCGAAUCGAGGGACAACUACGGCCCCUAUGUCCCCAACAUCGGCGCCCUGAACCCUUCCACGGGCAAGGCCAUUCGCUACAACAACGUCGAGGAUAUCGAGGCGGUCUUCGAGGCGCACGGCAAGGACACUGCUGCCAUCAUCAUCGAGCCGAUCCAGGGCGAGGCUGGUGUCGUCGUCCCCGACGACGACUACCUGAAGAGAGUGAAUGACCUUUGCAAGAAGCACAACGUCCUCUUCAUCUGCGACGAGAUCCAGACUGGUAUCGGCCGCACCGGGCGCAUGUUGUGCUCCCAGUGGGCCGGCAUCAAGCCCGAUAUGAUCACCCUGGGCAAGGCCAUCUCUGGCGGUCUGUACCCCGUCAGCUGCGUCCUGUCGAGCAAGGAGAUCAUGCUUGUCGUUGAGCCCGGCACCCACGGUUCCACCUACGGCGGUAACCCCCUGGGAUGCGCGGUGUCCAUCCGCGCGUUGGAGAUCAUGGAGGAGGAAGACCUGACUGCCAAGGCUGAGAAGCUCGGAAACAUCUUCCGCGAGGGAAUCAGAGCCUUCAACUCGCCCAUUGUCGAGCUGGUGCGUGGAAAGGGUCUCCUCAACGCCGUGGUCAUUGACGAGUCGGCUACCGCUGGCCGCACGGCCUGGGACCUGUGCCUGUUGUUGAAGGAGAAGGGUCUCCUGGCCAAGCCUACGCACGGCAACAUCAUCCGCUUCGCCCCUCCUUUGGUCAUCACCGAGACCGAGCUUCGCAAGGCCAUCAACAUCAUUGGCGAGGCGCUCAAGGAGCUCCCCACUGUCGAGAAGGCGGCGCACCACUAA